AUGGUUAAUAUGCAAUUAGCUAUGUAUCAAAUGUUAACAAAUUUCGCAUCAAAUUCAACACCACAACAAAUUCCAUCAUUGCGAUUUCGUUCUCCUACUGAUCAUCAAUCACCAAUAAUAAAUCAUCAGAAACCAAUUAAACGUCUUACUCACAAACGACAACGAUUGGUGAAAACUAAUAAUCCGACUAGUAGUGGAACAGCAACAACAAGUAAUUUAAAUAUGCCAACAUCAUCAUCAUCACCCGAUGGGUAUAAUGUUCAUUACAAUGACGAAAAUUAUGAAGAACUUGAACAUCGACCAGUAACACGAGAAAUAAUGGCUGCUUAUUUAUCAACACGUCAUCAUCGUACAGUGACAAUACAUCAUGCUAAAGUAGCACAAAAAUCAUAUGGAAAUGAAAAACGAUUUUUUUGUCCACCACCUUGUGUUUAUUUAUCUGGUGAUGGUUGGAAUCAGGAUUUAGAACACGAAAAUUUAUGUAUAAUGAUUAGUAUUGGCGAACCAUUAUAUCAUAAUGAUAAUAAUGGUUCACCAUCAGGUAAUAUAACACAAUCAAGUGAAAUGCAACAUUUACCUUUUGAAAAUGGAAAACGUUUUGGUGCAGCGAAAACUUUAUUUAUAUCGGAUUCUGAUAAACGUAAACAUAUUAAUUUAAAUGUUAAAAUGAUGUAUACGAAUGAUUUUCGUGAUAAUCCUUAUAUUGGAAUGUUUGAAAGUCGAAAAAUUAAAGUUAUAUCAAAACCAUCAAAGAAAAAACAAUCAGUUAAAAAUGCCGAAUCAGUAUGUAUUCAAUCGGGUACGAAAAUUGCUUUAUUUAAUCGUCUUCGAAGUCAAAAUGUUAGUACGAGAUUUUUACAUGUCGAUGAAAAAAAUCAAUUUCAUGCAAGUGCACAAGAAUGGGGAUCAUUUUAUAUACAUUUAGUUGAUAAUGAAGAACCAUGUAUGGAAUCAACUAGUUUUUCAGUUAAAGAAGGUUUUGUUCAAUAUGGUUCAACAGUGAAACUUGUAUGUUCAGUAACGAAUCAAGCAUUACCUUAUUUGGUUAUUCGAAAAGUUGAUAAAAACCGAGUAUUAUUAGAUUCUGAUGAGCCUGUUUCACAAUUACAUAAAUGUGCAUUUGAAUUCAAAAGUGGACCAUCAUCAUCAUCAUCGAAUUUACUUUAUUUAUGUUUAGCUGGUGAUCGUAUUGUUGGUAUUGCGGGUAAACCAUGUCCGAAUGAACGUUUUCGUGUUGAUAUUAAUGAUUCAGCUUGUUGGACAAUUAUAUCAACUGACAAAGCUGAAUAUACAUGGUUUGAAGCUAGAGGUCCAGUAUCACAUCCAAUUACACCUGUUCCAGUUGCUAGACAUAUUGUUGUUGAUGGUGGUGGUACAGCUGCAACAAUUGAAUUAACUGGAGAAAAUUUUGCACCAGGUCUAUCAGUAUGGUUUGGAGAAACUGAAUCACCAUUUACAGAUUAUCGAUCAACACAAACAAUUGUUGCUGAAGUUCCUCAAUUUUCAUCAGUAAUGCCAAAUCUGCCAUGGGUUCAACGUCCUGUAUCAACUCCUAUUUCACUUGUACGUCGUGAUGGUAUCGUGUAUUUAACAUCAUUAGUUUUUACAUAUACACCACAACCAGGGCCUGCUCGAAAAAAUUCACCAUCACCAAGUGCUCUUCUUCCUCCCACAUCUGACAAUAAUUUUUGUGAAUAA